AUGUCUCCAGAUACGCCCAGUUCCCCGAACACAAGCUCCCCGGACCCAAGCUCCGCCAUCUUGACCUCCUCCAGACCCUCCACCUCUCAUGUCCCGCUGCCCGCUCUAAAGACUACGCUUCAGGAAGCGGUGCGAGCAAGAGGAAACACUUACCGCACAAUAACCGCACUAGUCUUCUACUGGGAAGAUGACAACACAGGGGCAAAGUCCGACGUUGAUAGGCUGGAGAAGACGUUCCACUCUGCUUUCGGCGUUAAGACCAUCCGUGUGGAACUCAAGAAAAAUGAUCCCAUGCCUGGGUACACAGUGACCGAUGAAUUCGACCAAAUGGUACGCCGCUCUCAUCUGAGCAAUCCAAACCUACAAUCCCUCAUUAUAUUCGGUUAUGUGGGACAUGGCUCUAUGGAUACAAACAAUGGACUUUGUUUCACUUCUUCAUCCGGGAAAAAGAUCUUGUGGGACUUCCUGUUAGCGAGGACACAAUAUCCGCCCUCCGCUUGCCCGUAUGACCUUUUCGGUUUCCUCGACUGCUGCUAUUCGGGAGUAGCUACUAGGAGCAACCCGACACGUUCUAUUCAGAUCUUAGCAGCUUGCGGCCCAAGAGAAACGGCACGGUCCAGAGCUACGAGUAUUACUUUUACUCAACGAUUCUGCAGAGAAGUGGAACAUGCCCAGAAGUUCCAUAGAGAGAAAGUUUCGAUCCCCAAACUGUUCCAGAGACUACAGGAGACGAAAAACGCCAGAACUCCAAAUCCCCAGCUAGGAAAUCUUGGCGGUCUAACCCCUAUCGUUAUACCGCUUCAGAACUUGCCUCCUCCUGGUUCGCCGCGGCCAUCUCGAGUACCUGUGCGGACUACAUUUCCAGACCCUGACGAGCAACAUGUUCUCGUACAGCUGACCCUUGCCGGACCGGCGAAAGAGGUCACCACGGAGUUUAGACGGUUUGUGGAAACACUCCCUGUACCAUUUAAGCUCUCUAUCGUGGACGCUUUCCAGACAACAAAGUCGGCACUGAUACUAGUACGGAUGAACUGGGAGACGUGGGCGAGGAUAGAUGCAGUUCUCGAUCUUGAGCCAGUUAUAGGGGUCAUCAUUGGGCGAUCCCUAAUCCAUGAAGACGCGUUGUCUGAAGUUCCCCUGGUUGGGGAAAAUAUCCCCUUCCACCAGAAAGGCAUAUAA